UUUCAGAUUAUGGCACAUGGGAACAUCAGAAGUUGACACCACCGGACAAACUUAGAGACCUGAUCGACUGAAAGUGUGCAAUCCAGCCUCAUACAUCCACUUCUUAGAUGCACUGAAGAAAGAGGCAGACUGAAUUUGAGACUACCAUCCAUUCAACUCCCCGCCGACCUCAGCAACCCACAAUCCGAAGUCUACCUGGAAUAUCUAGCCAUUGUACCGGCCUAUACCUACUUAUUCGCCGCCAGGAUGGAUAUUCGAAUCCUUAGGCCGUCUGAUAUCCCCCACGUUCAACAGGCCAAUCUUACAAAUCUCCCCGAGAACUACUUUUGCAAAUACUACCUCUACCACGCGCUCUCAUGGCCACAAUUGUCAUAUGUCGCUGUGGAUGUCUCCAGACCCCAGAAGUCGCCAUAUGACCCUCCAAAAAUCGUUGGGUAUGUGCUAGCGAAGAUGGAGGAAGAGCCCACCGAUGGUGUGCAACAUGGCCACAUCACCAGCCUGAGCGUGAUGCGGACUCAUCGGAGAUUGGGAUUGGCAGAAAAAAUGAUGAGACAGAGCCAACGGGCCAUGGCAGAGACAUACGACGCUCAAUAUGUGUCCCUACACGUACGUGUCUCAAACGCCGCUGCGCUGGGUCUGUAUCGAGACACACUGGGUUUCAACGUCGAAAAAAUCGAAGCCAAGUACUACGCAGAUGGCGAGGAUGCGUACAGCAUGCGCAUGGAUCUGAACAACCUGCGGAGACCUGUAUUGGACGACUCAGCCUCCGAGGGAGAGGCAGAGGACGAGGGUGGGCCAGUCGGUAGUGCGGGAAAGAAAGGCGACGGACCCGCAGCUGGCAAGGAUAAGUUGAGGAAGGUCAAGGUGGGCAGAGCAUUGGGUGUGGGAAAUUUGGUUGAACGGGUCGAGGGCUCGAAGGCCGCUUGAAAAUGGUGUAGUUAGUCAAGAACCGCUGACUGUCCGAUUGAGGUCAUGAGGACAAAGCACUCUAAGCAUUUAGAUCAUUAGAUUGGCCUAGCGAACGCCCCGAAUCAACAUGAUACUUCCAUCCACUAGUAUGUGAAGGAAACCAUUCAGGGGACGUCGGGUUUCUGCGUCAACAUAGGCCUAGAAAGUCAGAACGCCUCGUUUAACGCCGUCAAUUCUAGCUUCCGU